AUGCCUAAAUUAUUUAACCGAGAAAUGAUCUUGUAUUAUAGAGAUUAUUAUAGAUUUAAAGACUGUGAUAAAUAUCAAAGGAUUGAAAAUUAAGAAUUUGACAUAAUAUGA